ACGAGGUCUCCCUCCUCUCCGCGAUCCGACCGCUAAGGGCGAAGGCUGGAACCAACCACUAACAACUUCAAGUCGGACGCUGGCAGCGCUUGCUAAUUUUGGGGUGGCAAGAGUUUGUCUCUCCAGCUCCCCGGGCGGAGUCCCGUUGGACAGUAAACCAUGAAAGGUCACCAGCGAAGGCUGAGACCCGGUGACUAGUCCCUUGGCAGAAGAGAGAGGGGUAGGGGGAGACGCCCUUUCCCAGAUAGAGACCAGGAUUUUUUAAAGAAGAGAUCUGCGAGGCUCGGGGCCUCCCCAAGACGUCUGAGUAGCUUGGAAAAGUGGCGCCCGGGAGUUGCGCGCGGGAGCCCGGGCCGCCGGGGAGCGGCCGAGGGGGGAGGGGUGACAGCAAGAGAAAUCUCCCAGCGGCAGCCUCAGCCCGGACUUCGUCGCUCCGGCUCAAGGCCUCUAUUUUCCAGGCGCUCGCGGACAAGGCAGGAAGUAAGAGCGUGACAACCUGACCAGGAAGAGAAGUACUUUACCUGCGAGACAGUCCGCUCAGACCAAAGCUGGAAACGGUUGUGUAGUAUCCACCUCUCUGCUCCUACCGGUGUUUCGGCUCCGGGUCCUUCACUCGAAAAUGGCGCCUAAAAUACAAACUCGAACGGAAAUUCGUUACAAAUGCGCGCAAUGAUUUCUGGGAUCCACUAAUUUGAAAAAAAGUGCGGCGAUUACCACCGCCAUCUUAUGGUCGCUCCUGCGCAUGCGCGAGCUCCUGGCGUGACCUACGCGGUAGAAGUUUCUACUAAGUGAAAAGGAAGAGCGAGGGAUUGUUUUCUCUGUGGUCUACAACAGCAGCACUGUUAUUAAAAAUAUUUGGAAAAACAACCUGCUCAUCAGCUAUCAUUAAUGUUAGUGUAUUUUAUGUGUGGCCCAAGACAAUUCUUCCUCCAAUGUGGUCUAGGGAAGCCGAAAGAUUGGACACCCCUAAUAAAGUAAACUACUGUACUGUUUCCUGUGGUUAAGCCUUUGAGUCUGUGCCUGAAAAUGUAAAUACAAUCAAGUGGCAUCUUAAAUUUUUGCUGAAAGUGGAGUCAUGAGACUGAAGAUAACUCUUUUAAAAGAACCAAAGCAUCAAGAAUUAGUAAGCUGUGUGGGCUGGACUACUGCUGAAGAGCUGUAUUCAUGUAGCGAUGAUCACCAGAUAGUGAAGUGGAACUUGUUAACCAGUGAAACAACUCAAAUAGUAAAGCUUCCUGAUGAUAUUUACCCUAUCGAUUUUCACUGGUUUCCAAAAAGUUUGGGUGUAAAGAAACAAACUCAGGCAGAAAGCUUUGUCCUCACAAGUUCUGAUGGUAAAUUUCAUCUGAUUUCCAAAUUAGGAAGAGUAGAAAAAAGUAUAGAAGCUCACUGUGGAGCAGUACUUGCAGGAAGAUGGAAUUAUGAAGGAACAGCAUUAGUUACAGUUGGAGAAGAUGGGCAAAUAAAAAUUUGGUCAAAGACUGGGAUGCUUAGAUCUACUUUAGCUCAGCAAGGAACACCAGUGUAUUCAGUAGCGUGGGGCCCUGAUUCAGAAAAAGUUCUUUAUACAGCAGGCAAGCAACUAAUCAUUAAACCUCUUCAACCAAAUGCUAAAGUUUUACAGUGGAAAGCUCAUGAUGGCAUUAUUUUAAAAGUAGAUUGGAACUCAGUCAAUGAUCUUAUUUUAUCUGCUGGUGAAGACUGUAAAUAUAAGGUAUGGGAUAGUUACGGCCGCCCACUGUACAAUUCACAACCUCAUGAGCAUCCUAUUACUUCAGUUGCCUGGGCUCCAGAUGGAGAAUUAUUUGCUGUUGGAUCAUUUCAUACUUUACGCUUGUGUGAUAAAACUGGGUGGUCAUAUGCUUUAGAAAAACCCAACACUGGCAGCAUAUUUAAUAUUGCGUGGUCUAUUGAUGGCACUCAGAUUGCUGGAGCCUGUGGAAAUGGACAUGUUGUUUUUGCACAUGUGGUGGAACAACAUUGGGAGUGGAAAAAUUUUCAAGUAACAUUAACUAAAAGAAGGGCCAUGCAGGUUCGUAAUGUUCUUAAUGAUGCAGUGGAUUUACUGGAAUUCCGUGAUAGAGUCAUUAAAGCAUCUUUGAACUACGCACACUUAGUUGUUUCAACGUCUCUUCAAUGUUACGUGUUCUCCACGAAGAACUGGAACACACCAAUUAUAUUUGAUCUCAAAGAAGGAACUGUUAGUUUAAUUCUGCAGGCAGAAAGACAUUUUCUUCUUGUAGAUGGUAGUAGUAUCUAUUUAUAUUCAUAUGAAGGGCGCUUUAUUUCAUCUCCAAAAUUUCCUGGAAUGAGAACAGAUAUUCUGAAUGCACAGACUGUAUCUUUGAGUAAUGAUACCAUAGCAAUAAGAGACAAAGCUGAUGAAAAAAUAAUCUUCCUCUUUGAGGCAUCAACUGGAAAGCCUUUAGGUGACGGAAAGUUUCUUUCUCAUAAGAAUGAAAUCUUGGAAAUUGCUCUGGAUCAAAAAGGACUUACCAAUGAUAGAAAAAUUGCUUUCAUUGAUAAAAAUAGAGAUCUCUGUAUCACUUCUGUGAAACGAUUUGGGAAGGAAGAACAAAUUAUCAAGCUUGGAACAAUGGUGCAUACUUUGGCAUGGAAUGAUACAUGUAAUAUCCUUUGUGGACUUCAAGAUACUCGAUUUAUAGUGUGGUAUUACCCCAAUACAGUUUAUGUGGACAGAGACAUUUUGCCUAAAACAUUAUAUGAAAGGGAUGCAAGUGAAUUUAGUAAAAAUCCCCAUAUUGUGAGUUUUGUUGGAAAUCAAGUAACUAUUAGAAGAGCUGAUGGCUCCCUGGUUCACAUCAGCAUAUCACCAUAUCCUGCUAUUCUCCAUGAAUAUGUAAGCAGUUCAAAAUGGGAAGAUGCUGUAAGACUUUGUCGCUUUGUUAAGGAGCAAACCAUGUGGGCUUGUCUAGCUGCUAUGGCAGUUGCUAAUCGAGAUAUGACUACUGCAGAAAUAGCCUAUGCAGCAAUUGGUGAAAUUGAUAAGGUUCAGUACAUCAAUUCUAUAAAAAGUCUUCCAUCUAAAGAAUCAAAAAUGGCCCACAUACUACUUUUUAGUGGGAACAUACAGGAGGCUGAAAUAGUACUUCUUCAGGCUGGCCUUGUUUAUCAAGCAAUCCAGAUCAAUAUUAAUCUCUACAACUGGGAAAGGGCACUGGAAUUGGCUGUAAAAUACAAAACACAUGUUGAUACAGUUCUUGCUUACCGUCAAAAGUUUUUGGAGACAUUUGGUAAACAGGAAACUAAUAAACGAUACUUGCAUUAUGCAGAAGGCCUCCAAAUAGAUUGGGAGAAAAUCAAAGCCAAAAUUGAGAUGGAAAUUACAAAAGAAAGAGAGCAAUCAUCAAGCAGCCAAUCCAGCAAGAGUAUGGGUGUAAAGCCCUAAAUGCCAUGCUUAUCUUUAAGAAGUUUUAUCUUUUGAAAUAAUUCUGAUUAACCAAGGGUAAGCAUGUUUUGGUUGCUAAAGAAAAAAGCAUAAUCUUUAAAUGAGUAUAAGUACUUGCUGUGUAUUUAAUGUAAAAGUACAUUCAGAAAGAUGAAACACAAAGUAACUGAUGUAUUUCUAUCUUUUAUAUUUUUUAGUCCAAUAAUUAGCAAAAUGUUACUAUAUACAUAAGAUAUACCUGUAUAGUAUUGAUUAUAUUUCAGUUUUUUGCCCAUUACUUCAUCCCUAUAUCUUCAGCAUGAACAAAUAUUGAUGUUGAUAAUAAAACAAUGGACUCUUUGAAAUGUAUGUUACCAUUAAUUUCUAUUUGACCUCUAAAUUGUAAAGUGCCUCCAAAAGUUUAUUUAUUUAUAGAACAAAAAUACAUGAGGAUGGAUUUGUACAAAUGUAUAAAAUGCAGCUAUUUAUACACCAAGUUCAUAGCAGCAUUACUGGAAUACCAAAAGAUGGAAACAACUCAAGUGUCUAUCAUGAAUGGAUAAACAAAUGUGCUAUAAUACAUGCAAUGGAAUAUUAUUUAGCCUUAAGAAGGAAUGAAAUUCUGAUAAAUGCUACCUCAGGAUAAACCUUGAAAACACUAUGCUAAGGGAAAUAAGCCAGAUACAAAAGGUCAAAUAAGAUGCCACUUUUAUGAGGUGCCAGCAAAGGCAAGUUCAUAGAGACAGGAAGGAGAAUAGUGGUUGCCAGGGACUGCAGGCAGGAGGAAAUGGGGGGGUUAUUGUUUAACCGGUACAUAGUUUCUGUUUGGGAUGAACAAAUUCUGGAAAUGGAUAGCGAUGAUGGUUGCUCAACAUCGUGAAUGUUAAUGCCACUGAAUUGUACCCAUAAAAAUGGUUAAAAUUGUAAAUUUUGUUGUGUAUAUUUUAUCAUAAUUUCAAAAAUAUAUCUAGAAUGGGCAAGAGGUAGUCUCCUCAUUCCUCUCUUGACUUGAGAAUGGUCAGGCAAUAGGCCCUGAAGUCUGAAUUUGUGAAAAUUUCCUUGGGUGAUAAACCUGUUUGAUUACUGUUAAUUUAGUAUAUCCCAAAGUUAUUACCACAUAAUCUUUUAAACAAUAAAACAAACACCCCUUAGAAAGUCUUCUAUAAACCCGUUUCUGAAAAUGGUACAUUAUAGGGUGGGUAUAGAUGCAUAUAUAUGGGAUUAUGUAUGUUACAUAUAUAUAUAUACACACAAAGGGAUAGAGGGAUUACCUCUCUUAACUCCCAUUUUAAUUACUAUAUCUAGGUUUUUUAAAUAAAAAUAUUUUCUUUUUAACAUGUUUCUUUUCUUUUCCGGAAUAUUGGAAUAUUCUGUUCUUGAUCCAGAUGAAAUCUGAUUGAGUAGUGUACUCAUAAGUUGUACUGUUUAUAUGUUUCCUAUAUUGUUAUAUUUCAAUGAGAAGUUUAAAAUGUUUAAAAAUAAAAAAUGGUUAAAAGGGUUUUGUGUUAUGUAUAUUUUACCACAAUAAAUGCAAAAAAUAAAAAGUCUGUGUUCUAAACAA